GGUGUUAACCGGAAGUAGAAGAGGAGGCAAAAUAAGCCAUCAUGGCCGAAAAGAGGAUUGUUUGGGGUGGACCAUUGCUCUUUUUAUUAGUUUCUGUGGCUUUUCUUCAUCUAUUUAUUUGUCCGUUUACAAAAGUGGAAGAAAGCUUUAAUUUGCAAGCGACACAUGAUAUUUUAUAUCACAGAUUCGACUUUGAUAAGUAUGACCAUCAUGAAUUCCCCGGUGUGGUACCCCGUACAUUCCUCGGCCCUCUCUUCCUCUCCGUCAUCAGCAGCCCUUUUGUUUUCGUGUCUUCUCUGCUGGAUGCUCCAAAGUUCUACUCACAGCUCAUAGUCAGAGCUUCUUUGGGGCUGUGUGUCAUCGCUGCUUUGUGGCACAUGCAGAAGGAGGCGAGGAAACAGUUUGGCUCCACGGUUUCUAGCCUUUUUUGCCUGAUCUGUGCUUCUCAGUUCCACCUGAUGUUCUACAGCACCAGGACUCUCCCUAAUGUUUUUGCACUCCCAUUAGUUCUCUUGGCGUUCACAGCGUGGAUGGUGCAGAAACACAACCAGUUCAUCUGGCUCUCUGCCUUCGUCAUUGUGGUGUUUCGGUCGGAGCUCUGCAUCUUCCUGGGCCUCAUGUUACUCAUGUCCCUGCUGAGAAGGAGACUGGGGCUUCUGCAGCUGCUUUGUUACGCUGCUCCUGCUGGAAUCCUGUCUCUAGCUCUGACGGUUGCUGUCGACACUUUCUUCUGGAAGAAGAUGCUGUGGCCUGAGGGGCAGGUGUUGUGGUACAACACCAUCCUUAACAAAAGCUCAAACUGGGGAACCUCCCCUUUUCUGUGGUACUUUUACUCCGCUGUGCCGCGUGGCCUCGGCUGCUCGCUGCUCUUCGUGCCCCUCGGCCUCCUUGACGCGCGGAUGAGGCCGCUGCUGCUCCCCGCCGUGGGCUUCAUCCUCAUCUACUCGCUGCUGCCUCACAAGGAGCUGCGCUUCAUCAUCUACACCUUCCCCGUGUUCAGUUUGGUGGCGGCACGCGGCUGCUCUUUUAUUGUGAAUAACUAUCGGAAGUCUUGGAUGUACAAACUGGGUUCAGCAGUUGUGGUCGCUCAGCUGCUGGUCAACGCUCUCUACUCCGGCGUUUGUCUCUACAUUUCUCACCACAAUUACCCAGGAGGACAAGGGAUGCUGGAGCUGCACAGAAUACUGCCCCCUACAGCCGAUAUUUCUCUUCAUAUUGACACCUACACAGCUGAAACUGGAGUAUCACGCUUCUUACAGCAAAACACAAACUGGAGAUAUGAUAAAAGAGAAGACUUGAGCCCCACAAGCCCUGAAAUCCAAACAUUCUCCCAUCUCCUGAUGGAGGCCGACGACAACAGAAUCCAGCUGCUCCAGAACACUCAUCAGCCGAUAGCCUUCAUCCAAGGUUACCACAACCUUGCCGUCAACCUAGCUCGCUUCCCUCCUGCCAGCGUUCGACUAGAGAAGAAGACCGUUCUGAUGGAGAGAAAGACUAACCCCCACCGUUGACUAAAUAGUCAUUUUUUUCUACAGGUGAUGCAUCCGAUCGAAUUUUCUAUUAAAAAAAACAUCAACUUUGUAAAUAAAAUUUCAUCCAAACCCCAUAUAAAUCCACCGUGCAAAAAGUGUCGGCAUUCUUGUGUAAGGAAAACCUUUAUUUACAAAUGACCACAAAAUUGUCUCCAGUUUUUAAUGCUAAAACAAUUAUCAAAUCAGGGCUGAGAAGCAAUUUUAUAUAAAAAAAAAUGUACAGUACGUUGCUUUAAUCAUUAAUAAACCCAUUAAUUUAAUUCCCCUUGACAUAAAAUUAAAAUUGUGCUUAAGAGAAAAAAAAAAUGGUAUAUUCCAAACAACCCCCUAAAUCUGAAAAUACAGCAAUAUCAUACACAAUUUCAGUAAAACAUUUCAGCAAAUAAUAAAAAAAAAA